AUGACCCACUACCUCACUCUGGGCGUGUGGCACAUGGCACGCCACGAGUUUGGAGUGUUGCAAGACAGCUACCGCUUCGGACGCGUCAAAGGCGACACCCGUCUGUGGAAGAGGAUGGAGCAGGUCAUCGCAACUUCCUACAUUACACCGACUCUCCCAGGAGAGUCGCGUGUCAUACGUACAGACGGUGGUGACUGCCUUCUCCAGACCGACUCUCCCAGGAGAGUCGCCUCCUUCAGGUACGGAUCCACGAGCCCAAGUCCAACGCACGCAAACCAUUCCAACACUCGUCCAGCUGCACACUCACCGCCGGUGCCGACGGAGACCGAAUUGAAACGCACACCAAGGCAAAUUACAUUCACCAUCACGGUUGACCUCAGUCCCGCAGCUGAACUAGAAGCACACAACCUUGACGGAGACAUGGCUUCAACCGAGAUAGACAUUGCAGGGCUAAGACACUUUCGGCGACGCUGGCAACAUGCGCGGCAUACAGGCUCCGGUAUCCGCGCUGUCGCUCUCCUCAAUAUCGACACCGAUGAAUGGAUCCGCCUAAUCGCAGCAGUCUGGAGCCUUCUACCACGAUCCACGUUGUCACACAUCUCACGAUUCGAGCAAGAUCCGUUCUGGUCUUUGCAGCUACUAGAUGCCUACGGCCUCUUCGGUCCGGAAGGCUGCAACGAUGUCACCUUUCUAGAUUGUUUGCAGCAAUGUAUGCCGCAGAUCUGCAACACAGCCGAGGAUGCUCUUGAUCUUCUUCAACAGGCGCGAAGCGCUCGAUGGCGUGUCCAGGGUCAAGGCGACGUAAGGGAAUGGGCGCUUGCAGACGUUUUUGCUGCCGUCCGGUUGGCUAGAGAGGCAACGAUGUUGGGCAGUGCGGCAAGGACAUCUUCAUGA